CCAAAAUUUAAAACAUGAAAGGACAGUUCGUCCAAUUUAAAUUCCAAGAAGAAGAUUGUUGACAGUUUUACUCCUCUGAAAAGCGAAGACUCUCGGAGAUUUCAACGAUUGUUCAGUUCAAGUGCGGUGUCUAUUUUUUUUUUAUUUGAUUUCCGCGAAAUGGAGUAUCAAAUGUUGUUUACGUAACGAAAGUGUCGGAUGUGUGAAAACGACAGAACUAAUUACGAGGUCGUUUGUUGUUCGCGGUGGAUACGUAAUCGUAAUUUAGUGGACGAUGAGACAGACGAUAGGUGUCAUCGAUAGUGAUAGUGACCUUGGAAUUCUAACCUAUUUGGGUCACCAGGUACUCACGUACUCGUUAAGAAUAGAAAGUUUUUUCACCAUCUCAGGCGGUAUUUAGGCGAAAUAUCUCCGGACCCUUGUAUAUAUACAAUGCAGUGUUUCUUUUUCGCCAGCUAUAUAUGUGAUGUUGGGAUAAAAUUCUGAGAAAAUAUUUGGGGAGGCGAUCUGCGUUACGAGCGGUCGAUUUGAAGCUAAUUGGGGAGCUAUGUCGACAGACGAUAAAAAAGACCGUCGGAAGUGCGAGUGAAAAGACUGAAUAGUGACGAGGGGACGAAGAGAAAUGACUGGAAUCAUUGAAAAUCGGGUCUAAAUUCAAAGAAGAAUUAUGGCACGAGCAGAGGAGAAAUACGAUAGUUGUCAGCGGACAGGACUGAUCUAUGUCUUAUGUUGUGACGCGUGAAUCGUGAUGUCGGCUUGAAUGAGUUGCUUUGACAGGAAGAUUCAAGGUGACGAUCCGACAACGAUCAUUGGGAUUAUUAUAUCAUUACCAUCAUGGCUUACGUACUUUGGCGCGUUUUGAUGAAAAAGUACUCCAAAGUGCGAUUGGGCAUAAGAAACCUGCCGGUGAUUCCGGCGGAUCGUAGAUUAUCAGAGAAAGAAGACACCUGGACUCUCUCAAAAGAGUACGAGGAGUCCUCUACCCAAAUUCCAGACACCAAUGAUCCAGCGCCCAAAACCGAUCUCGAGCAGAAAGAUGCAGACAAAUGUCCACAAAAACCCUCAGAAGAUAAAUCAGCCGAAGCUGAGGCAACUAUCACCAGAGGUCACGAGACUCGAAAAAGCAAGGCCAGAAGGGUGAAGAGUUAUUUGAAAAAAUGCAAAGGUGCCCUUUCGAAAAGUGAAGACAAUUCCGUUGAAAGAAGGCGUGAAAACUGUAAUUCCUGGUAUGUCGAAGGGUCAUCUGGAUCCAGCAGCAAACCUGAUAAAUCCGUACAGGUCGUAGUUGAUAAAGACCUUGAAGAAAAGAUUUCCUCUGCCCCCCAGCAAGUAGAAAUAAGCAAUUUCGAGACCUCACAUGUUCAAGAUUCAGAGAAUCUGCAGAAAAAACUCGAUGGAUCAAAGGAGGACUUCGAUAAGGGCAGCAAAGGCUCCCUGUACGAAGAUGCUAGUGACACUGGCGUCCAAGUGGCUAGGGAAGAGAAGACCCCGACGAAAGAUCUUGAUAACCUUGUCGAGGUCUCUCCAACCGAGAAGGAUCCGGAGAUCCUUGCGAUUGAGGACGGUAAUUUGAACAAGUGUGACUCCAGCGAUACGCUGAUAGGAGAAGUGCCGGAAGUUUCGAGAACGCCAGUUGAGUUCGAGGAGGAAGUUUGUUCUUCCAAGUCUGAGGCCGACGAACCGACUCUUAGCCAAAGCAGCAAGGAAACAGGUGCAAGUGAGGAAGUUCAAGGAAUGCCAAGUGUGUCGAACUUUGGGACUCGUGGUGAUGCAGCCUCUUUAGUUCGCACUUUUUUGGGUCCAAUUUACGGAGAAGAUGUGCUUGAUAUUCUAACAAGACAAGCGCGGGAUAUUCUUGUGUGUGCAUAUCACGGAAAUCUGGAGAACUUUGUAAAAAGUUACUUGUCACCUGCCGCCAACUUGCUUGAGGAAGUGAAGCGGAUUACAACAGAAAGGGGAAACGAAUCUGUGAUUCCAAAAGGUUGGCCACUAACUUUAGGUGGCAGUGGCCUUAUCUUGCGAUUAGGAGAAGUUGAAGCAUCGUCAUUACGUCUCGGGGAAUGUUACCUUUGCAUCCGCAGCGCAGCUGCAGCCGCAACUGCGAAAACUCCUUCGGCCGUUGUCUCUGAAAACGUGGAAGAAAAUACUGUUGAGAUAGCCCUAGUGUGGCGAGCUUCGUCGAUGCGGGCCCCGGGGUUCCUCGGCUGGGACCGGGAGGACGAGUUCAUGGAUUGGCGGGAUUCGUCCCACAAGGUAUCGUCUUCAUCGAGUGCACCGGUUCAUCAAUCCGGCUCAGGAAGCUCGAAGUGGCGACCCCGUCGAAGAUCGCGAGAGGAGACUCGCACCCGGACGCGGGAAUCCAGCGCAGAGAACCCCCACGAGAGCAGGUCAUCCGAGAGGCUCGAAUGUUCGAGGGUACUCGAGGGUCACGACCUGGUGGUCGUCAAGUCGAAGUCAUCGUCUAGUGUCGACACGUGGAAAGACGACCCAAGAUCCGAGGGUCGCCGCUCCACCAGUAGCAGUCGAUGCUCCAAGAAAUCUAGUCCCUCUGGCGAAGCCACUACCAGUGAGGCCAGAUCCCGGGUCAAGAGGAACACGAAGGUUGUGUCCCCAUCGACCAUGGAAAAGUGGAAGGAGACUAGCAGGUGUGAGACCAGGUACAGAGUCUUGACACCUAGCGACCUCAAAUCUCCCUCGUAUUUGGAAAGUGUCCUCUCCAGAGAAACUUCCCGAUCCCAGGAAGCCGACGAGAGGCUUGAGAGUAUCCAUCCUGACCAGGUCACCGACGAGGAGCUUCCCGCCUACAUCGAAUCGCUCCUCGUCACCGUAGAGAGGAAGAUCGAGAGAGUUUCCCUCGAAGACCUAACCUUCCCCUGCACCGCCUGCAGAAACAUCGACACCGACGAUCCUCUGCUGGGCUGCCGAUGCGGCACCGACAUCUGUGACUGUGGGAUCGAAUCCUGCGACUGUCCUCCCGAAAAGGAAGAAGCCAGAACCUUCGAAAUUGCCGGCAUCAAGCACAUUGACAGCGACGAUGAGGAGGAAGUCAGAAUGGGAUUCGGCACCAAAAAGAGGAUAGAAGAAGUUGUACAACCUAAAACUAUUCACGAUAUAUCUGAACAAGUUCUCAACUGUGGCCUUACGUUGCCUGGCUAUUCGGAUUCCUCAGGAAGACCAGUCUUGGAAUUCGACAGCAACGUAAAAAAGACGGAGAUUCUCACAGCACGAGAAAUGGCGUCCCUUCUUCUCUACCUCACUCGUUUACCAAGUAACGAUGAAGGCCAUAAAACCGUAUGGGCCUCGUUCUUGUUCGUUACGCCCCUACUUCAAAGUUCUUCCUCUCAUACUUUGGAAAAUGCCAAGUCAUCUGACACUCAGAGAACUACAGGAAAUCCCAUACUUCCGAAUGGUUUCGGAAAAAUUUCCUACGAAUUAGUAGGAAAAAUUGCCGAAAUUUUUUACAGUGUAGAUGAGAAAUCACGGGAAAUCCCGCAAUAUCGUGUUUGUUUGGACUUAGAUGACAACUGUGUGCGUCUAAUUUUGAAUGUGCACAGUUUGACGUUUCAGCAUCGAUGUGUACAGUUGGGCACGUGCAAAGAUAAAGAUGCUAUGUGCAAAGUUGGCCGGUACUCGAAUGAGUACGACAGCCUGAUGACGGAAUGGCAGACUGCUGGACGACGGCUAGCCCUCGAAAUGUCAGAACUUAAAGAAUGCACAAGCCUGUCCGGAAGUCUGACAUCCCUCAGUCGACUCCUUACAGACCCCACAUCACGAAGAACCGCCAGAGAUGCCGACGAAGCAAUGGUUUCCCUCGAGGAACGCGCUGUCCCACUCUUGCAUGUGGACAAUGUCAGACUAUCCCUGGAAAAGUCACAAAGAUUAUUAGAGGAAUUAGGAACUGUGGCUUCGAGAUUGGAAACGUCUUUUGAAUCGCGACGAGCAACCAUCAGAAAUCUUGCGGUCCUGCGCAGCAUUGAAGAUCAAGCCCGAGAGGUCUUGUCUUGGCUCUGCAAAAAAGGCGAGGACGUUCUUUCAAAACACGCUCAACACGCAGCCUCAACUCUUACAACCGCAAGAGUACAUGAGAGAGAUUUUGAAAAGUUCUACUUCACGUCCAUGCUAUUUCGGAUGUUUAUCACAGAGGAGAACGGAGUUGACGGCGGUUGUCGUCUCAUCUCCGUGCGUCAGUGCGACGAGGUCGACGGGACUUUAAAGAUCCUUCGACGAGAAGAUAAGUCUAAGAAUCUCAAGGUCGGGAAAGAAGAACCUGGUUCGCUAAACCUCACGUGGUUUUCACACGUGAUUGGUAACCCCCCGAAGCCUGUAAAGCGAGUUCAGUCUUAUGACUCUUCCAGCCAUCCUCGAUCAGAGACCCUGGUCCUGAAGAGGUCCUCCACAGCAGAGUCGAUAACCUUGAAACCCAAAGGUAAGGAAUCUCAUGCCUCGGAUCCAAAUGUUAUCUCCUUGGAGAGAUGCUCUGAUGGUCGACCGAGGUACUCCACACUCGUUAAUCUUCAAGAUCACACCAAAGAUUUACGGUCUAGUAGGGAUAUUUGCGUCAAGGUUUCAAGUCCUCCCUUGAGAAGGUUUGCCUCUUUACCCGGUGAUGAGAUCAGUUUAGAGCCUUGUAGAGAUCCGGAAAAGAAUUCGGGAAAGUAUGACUUGAAUCAAGUGAAGAAUUGGAGAAAGGAUCAGAGGAAUGAAAAAAAUCGAAAGAAAACUUCAGGAAGUGAUCAGGACAAAAGUGAUUGGGUCAUCAGUCCCUUGAGAUCUAGUGAUUGCGUUGAAAGUUCCUGGAAGGAGAAGAACGAGGAGGUAGUCAAGGAUUCUAUUUCUUCUCCAGCUGAUGUAGUGACGAUAAGGUAUAGACCAAGGACAGAUUCUAGAUCGAACAGGACGCAGGAAUUCGCGACUAAAACUGAGAGGUUGAUCGCUAGGAGAUCGGUGAGUUCUUUUCGGAAUUCGAGUCGUGAGACCAGGAAGAGGUCCUCGUCGUUUGGAUCUUACAGUUUAAAGGGGUUGAGGAAACAGGAAUCGAAGGAUUGUAAAGUGCGCGAGGCGGAUGGAAUGCGUUGUAGCGCUGUGGCAAGUGUCGACGAGAACGAUGGAUGCGUCCUUUUAAGUGUUCGUUCCUUGGAGGAUAAGCCGAGUGUUCAAGAAUUUCAAGAUGCAACGUCUCUGGCGAGGCAGGAUGACAGAUCGACGAGGAGAGAUCGGGAGCGAGCGAGGCUCCUGCGAAGGAGGAGGAUCAAUAGCAGAUCUUUGUCUGUUCCGAGGCUGAAUAUAGAGAAUUAUAUACCAGAACUGGUCCGCGAGGACAUUCCUCAGUCCUUGAGAGGCCAAAGAAAUGUCAUUUUUGGCAACGUAGAAAAAAUCUACGAGUUUCAUAGUCAACACUUCCUGCGGGAAUUGGAACAAUGUGAACAGUCGCCAAUGAUGGUUGGGCAGUGUUUCAUCCGUCAUGAGAAGAAAUUCUACCUUUACGCCUUGUACAAUAAAAACAAACCGAAUUCGGAUUCCCUGAUGGCAGAGUACGGAAGCCACUUCUUCAAGGCGAAGCAGAUGGAACUGGGAGACAAAAUGGAUCUGGCGAGUUAUCUUUUGAAGCCUGUGCAACGUAUGGGCAAAUAUGCUUUGCUUCUCCAACAACUGGUGAAAGCCGGUACUGAUCUUUCAGAACCUAGAACUGAUGCUGACAAAGACGAGACGGACGAUACGGAAAAACCGAUGGUUGAGGGCGAAGCAGACUUAAGAGCGGCUGAACAAAUGGUGCGGUUUCAACUUCGACAUGGAAACGACCUUCUUGCGAUGGACUCGCUUCGAGAUUGCGAUGUGAAUGUAAAAGAACAGGGAAGAUUACUCAGGCAAAAUGAGUUUCUGGUCUGGCAAGGAAAGGGCAAAAAGUGUUUGCGACAGGUGUUUCUUUUUGAAGAUCUGAUACUGUUCAGCAAAGCUAGAAGGUUCCCUGACAGAAAGAACCUCGACAUUUACAUAUACAAGCACAGUAUUAAAACGACGGACAUUGGAUUAACUGCCGUGAUUGCUGAUUCACCUACAAAGUUCGAAAUCUGGUUCCGAAAAAGAAAACCUGGCGAUACUUACACGCUGCAGUGCGCCAGUGAGGAUAUCAAAAAAGCCUGGACUGAGGAACUUAGUAAUCUUCUUUGGAAGCAGGCGCUUCGUAACAGGGAAGUGCGUAUGGCAGAGAUGUCCAGUAUGGGAAUUGGAAACAAACCGUGUUUGGACAUAAGGCCUAGUGCGGAUCAGAUUAACGAUCGGUCGAUCAGCGUCGCCCAACUCUCGAAAACGCCUAGGUUCAGGAACUCGAUUGCUGUAUCAUUGUCUGACGACUCUGGUAGAGGCAGUAGACGACCACACAGUGUCAUUUCCGUCAGCUCGUCUUCGAGCAGUGGCGGAAGCAGUGGUCCACCAAAUACUCUCAAUUUGGGUCUAGAUGCGAGUCCUAGGCCUCAUCAUCGGAGCACUACACUUAAUAGCCAAUGUAGCGUCGAAAGCGGAAUCAUUGCCGACAUCUCCAUCGUUUCCGAUGAUAGCGGCGACGGAACCGACAGAAGUCAUUGGAACUCAACCUUGGAAAGUCCAACGUCGCAAAUGCCGGCAAGUUCCACGCCUCUUCAGUCACCCAUUAGCCCAACUUCGACAGCAGUUACCUCUCCUUCUUCAUCAGAGACCCAUCUCACCCCAUAUGAUCAAGACAUGUCCAUCAAUCUCUGAGUACCGCCACAUUUAGUCGAUGGAGACGUUUCUCAAUACCAGGUCCUUUUCGAAAGCACUGUUUAAACUUUAAAUUCGAAGGUCUGCCAACCACAAAGAGAAACGAGAUCAAAUUUUUAGUGUCGUCUUUUUUAAACGAAGAAUGAAGAACGUUAUUCCCGAAAGUUUCCGGUUGCUGUCCACUGAAGAGUUAGUUAGUCUUCGCGUGUUGAAAGUCUUCGCCAGCUUUUUUAAAAAGUAGAUGAAUAUUUUCCUGUAAUAUUUUCAUCGACACGCCCAAGAAAAUUUCAAGCUCGGGAUCAGCGAUCUGGAUACGUUUCACCGCAGGAACGAAUUUAAUUUAAAAUUGGCAUUCCUGAGUAGAACAAAUGUGAUGAUUUGAUUUUUCUCUUCACUGCCCGACCUUUGAUUUUGCGACAGCGAAUUCCGAAGUCUUCUCAAUUUUAGGAUUAAUUUCGAAUUGAUUCACUCGGGAAUGACAAUCCAACGCGCAUACCACUCUGUGAUAUAAUGUAAUAUUAAAGGUUUAUACAACAAUUAUAAUAUAACCGAUAGCUUAUAUUAUUUCCAGAAUAUAUGUAUAUCGAAUAUGUAAUAUUAUGUAUUCUUACGUCAAGUCAUUUGUACAACUUUUUUUAUCGUCUAUAUCUAACCUUGAUAAUUACCUAAGUUUUUAUAUUUAAGUAAGCUCAUCUUAAGGCAGUCCACACCCCAUUAUUUUUCGUAUUUUUAUACAGAUGUUUUUGGCGACCUUUGCCACGAUCGAGGUUCCUGUCCCUAUUUUUGCCCAGCAUGAAUCUGAGAACCGCGAUUGAUCCUGCAUCUUCUGAUCCAUUUUUGAAAAAUUGUAACAAACUUCGGAAAUUGUACGUUUCCAAGUCGGUCGCGUAGCCAUUUUUAUUGCCACGGUCUGCCAAGAUAUUGCAAACAAUAUCUCGUGGAGAGUGACCGAAACAGAUCUUAUUUUCUACCCGAUCGAAUCUUUUGAUUUCAAGUACCCAAGACUUGUAGUCUCAUAGAAUCAUAGAGAGAAGUUACAGCGAGCUUUGACACAGUCUAAUGCACCCUAAAGUAUACAUACACACCAGAAACUUGCUGUACGUACCAAUGACUUUUAUACCUACUUUUAUCUUUCUGUCGAUAUCUUUAAAAAAGCCUGUUCUCUCCUUUACAUUAAGUUUAUCACUGAAUUCGAAUCAAGACUCACGAGCCAUAAAUCGGUGCAACCCGGCUGCAAAAAAAAACCUCUUCUUCGAAAGUAAAUUCGAGCUCUCAAGUGUACAUGACUUCUAUUUUCUGCAGAUUUUCGUCGCUCGAUGUUUUCUACUUUCGAAAAAGGGGUUUGGAAGGAGAAUGUAAUAGUAGCAGUCAUAACAAAAAGAAGAAGAGUAUCUUUCCAAGAUAUGCCGAUAGUCACUUUAUCCCUAAUUCUCCUUA